AAAACUGAAACUGAUGUAGGGAACUUGACAUCAGCGCCCCCUGAUUUGAUCUAGUUUACAUUAACAGCUCUUUGCCUCCAAAAGCUACUUUCUAUGGAACAAUGUAAAAAUGACUUUAUUCCAUAGACAGUGGAACAAAAGUCAUUUUUACCAAUUUUUAGUAGUUUUUAAAAUUUACAUCAUAUUUCAAAACAAAACUCAAUACUUACAUACAAGGUUACACUAUUAUCUAUACCCAACUAAUCCCACUACUCAAGCUCCAGUAUGUAAUUUAAAAUAAUUUGACAACAGUGGACUCAUCACCAGCUGAUCAAUGUCAAGAUUGUGUAUGAUUUUCAUUGACCCUGCAGUUGAGUGAAAACAAUUCAAUAUUAUUUAAUUUAUACUUACCACAAUAAUGGAUUUUACCAAAAAAGAAAUAAAACUAAAAAUCCGACAUUUUGACUUGUCAGAAGAUCCAGAGCCCAUUGAUAAGAUCCUGACCAUCCAUUCCGAUAUGGAUUAUAAGCUCAUAGAGGCAGAACUGUUUAAAAUUUGUGAGGCAACACCUGAGAGACAUGUCUUGAAAAUCCGGAACCCACAAAAUUGUCUAAUUCCAAUUUCAUUUUUGGUCGAAGAAGAUGAUCCUUAUUUUGUUAUUGAUGUUGCCACUAUAUCAUAUUUUGCUGGCACAACAGACAAAAACACCAAAACUCCACUUCAAGAUGCCUACAUCGAGUGUGUUGGCAACAAAAUCAAAUCUUUAGAGUCUCGAAUAUCGAAAGCAGAACUGUAUCUACCCGAACUGGAGUACAAACGGGAGGCUCAUAUGGAGGACACUGUGUCAGCCCUCCUGAACAAAAUGCAAUUUUUAAACAGAAGAUAUGAUGAGCUGCACCCAAAUCAUAAAAAGUCAAGUUUAGCACAAGAAGUUAAUCCUUAAGACUGUUAGGAUAUUAUCUUAAACAUUCCAAUUAUGUAAUUAUAUUGUAUUGAUCUCCACCCUUUUUGUGAAUGGGGUACCUAACUUUUACUUACCAAAAAAUAACUGCACUUUACAAAAAGCAUAAUAUGAUUUUUUACCACCAGUAUUUUUAUUGCACUGUUGAUUGUUUUAAUUUAUUAAUAGUUUAUUAGGGUUGACUAUAGUUUUAAGUUGUUAUUCCUAUUUAUUUGAAUUAUAAGUAGUUAUUUUAUAAAUUAAAUAAAACUAAACCUUUUAUCCAAUAAUUAAAAUGUUUCAAUGAAACACAAAGAAAUAACCAUUAAAAACA